AUGGCGUUUAUCGGCUCAAUGAAAUCUUCUCUACACAGUCCGGUUACUGUUUUUAGAGGUCUCGAUUCAUUUCUAUCUUCUCUACGCGCAAAUCUACAAAUCUCCUAUGAGGACCUCAAUGCCUCCCACCUAGAGGCUUUUCACUACCCUCCAGAAAACUACGACCUUCGCAUUUCACCAUACUCUAAUGAGUCAACACUCUCUUCCGGGUUCGGGGAUGAUCUUGAAGAUCCGCCAUCUCCAACAGACACAUCGACCACCUCUACUACUCAUUCCUUUCCAGCACCUACAACAUGGACCUAUCAUGCCUCGACGGAGGAUGACCGUCGGGCUGCCCUGAAAUUGAUUGCCGAGAGCAUUCGCGAGCAACGCAGUCUUGCUAUACGCAGCAUUCUGCUGCAUCCUGCCGUUCUGACAGUCACUUUCCUUUUGUUCACCGUACUAAUACGCUGUGUGUUGCAUGCACCCCAAAAGAGGGCUCCGGUGGCAUGCUGUAUCGGAGCUGGUAUUCUGAUAAUAGCAUUACUAGCCGCCGAGCGUGCAACCAGAAAGUAUGUAACUCUCGCAUCCACAGUAGGGGACUCAACCUGGUUGCGAGAGGGACUAUACCAACAACAGCAACAACCACCACAACAACAACAACAACGUAAUAAUCAUAAUAAUGGAACCGCUGGCGGGUCCAAACAUCACCAUUCCCAUUCCCAUUCCCAUCACAAUUCAAUGCCUCUUGAAGACGAAAUCCUUGUCACCAAAGACCACGACGAAGUCGUCGGUGCCCUUGUCCUCCGCACCGCGCGUACAAAUGCGCUCUCCUCCGGCGCACCCAGUGCCAAUGGCAUGCGGGCCCUCCGUCACCGACACAGCAACAGCUCAACAUCAGGCCGCUUGACGGGCGUCAUUCGCGCAUGGACAGUGAAAUCAACCCAUCGACAGCGCGGACUGGGGUUAAGUCUCCUCGAAUCAGCAGUUUCCAUUUGUCGGGUGCGAAGAUUGGACGGUCCGAUCUUUGCCGAUGAGCAAUUGCACAGUGCGCAUAUACCCGGAUUACGAACAUUGUGCUGGCCUUUCAAUGCCGGCUUUGAGAAAGUGGAGGAACAGGCCAAGGAUUGUUUGAAGGGGGUGAUUGAGGGGAAGGAGAGAUGGAGGAAGUGA